AUUCGAUCAACAACAAUUUGACACAGUUAGGAACGCAUAAACCCUUGUUUCAAUAUUCUGGGGACGACGAAGGAUGGCAGAAGAAUCUAUUCAAAUCACAAGAUUCAACGCAAUUCCAUCACCUCAACAGUUCACGUCGCAAAUUGAACCUAAAAACGUUCCUGCUGUUUUUCAUGGAUGCAUCAACCAUUGGAAGGCUUUCAGUAAAUGGAAUCCAUCAACUGGCGGUCUUGAUUACUUAGAGGAACUAGCAGGGUCAUCAACCGUGGAAGUUAUGCUCUCGAAAUCUGCUCCAGUCUUUUAUGGCGAUAUUAGAAACCACGAAAGGGUCCAGUUACCUUUUGCUACCUUUAUCGGAUACUGCAAGGAUUUUUCCUUGCAGAGCAAGGUAGAACACGCUCCUUGCUCUGGUGAAAAGAAGCUUUUGCCAGAAAGCCUUGAAGCAGAGCAAGAUAGCUUGUUAGUUGGGGAUGAUCCUUGUCAAAUUUAUUUAGCACAGGUACCAAUUAUGAAUACUGAGAAAGAAGAGAGAGUUCAAUUAGGAGUUCUUAUAGAAGAUAUACAGACGCCUCUUUUUCUAGAGACAAAGACCUUGGCUUCUAUUAAUCUAUGGAUGAAUAGUGCUCAAACAAGAUCAAGCACUCACUACGAUCCACAUCAUAAUCUUUUAUGCGUGGUCUCCGGAAGCAAACAAGUUGAUCUGUGGCCCCCUUCAUCCAGUCCCUUCUUGUAUCCUAUGCAUUUGUACGGUGAGGCUUCAAACCACAGUGCUGUUCCCAUAGACAAACUUGAUCUUUCUGUUCAUCCAAGAGCAGAACACUCAAAAAAGUAUUCACAAAGGGUGAUUCUUCAUGCAGGCGAUGCACUUUUUAUUCCUGAAGGGUGGUUUCACCAAGUUGACAGUGAAAGUUUAACAGUUGCUGUUAACUUCUGGUGGCAGUCUGAAAUGAUGUCUGGCAUGUUGGAACACAUGGAUUCGUAUUAUUCGCGCAGGAUAUUGAAAAGACUGACCGACAAAGAAAUGAAUCAGAUGCUGUGUAAGACCUCCCCUUAUGUGAGUAAUAAGCCUUCUCAUGAGCCAUCAGGUGGGAAUAUGUUACAUGAUCUGGAGCCUUGUGCUCUGAAAUCUCUUCACGAACUUGUUUCCUUAGUCCAUGAUCAUGUCAACGCUGCUGAUUUGAGUAACGCGGUGGAUCCAAGUUCCGAUAUCGAGAAAACCGAUCCCAAGAAAAUUGUGACAUCGGAAUUGUAUCACCUGGAGGACGAUCCAGUUGCUACUAUUUUUUGGGCUCUUGAACCACUUAAUCUUCAAAAAAUGUUCCUUGCUAUGGUGCAUCACUUUCCAAGAACUUUGGAGGCUUUAGUACUGCACUUGGUUUCACCGGUAGGAGCUGAAGUGCUUACGAGGAAGUUUGAAGAGAUGGAUCAGCUAAUUAAUGAAGAAGACCGGAAUGAAUUCUAUAGGGAGUUUUAUGGUGUAUUUGAUGACCAAUAUGCUGUAAUGGAUAUACUUCUCAACGGAAAGGAGUCAUUUUCACGCCAGGCCUUUAAGAAUGUUAUGGAUAAAUUUCUGGGAGUUAAAGUUCAAUGAAGUGAUGCAUUACUGGGAUGACGUAUACUGCCGCUGAUGUCAAGAAUUUGGCCCCUUUAAUGAUCUCAAAAGUGCGGAUUGAUACUUGAAACUGGAAGCUUUUUCUGUCCUCUUGAUACCAGUACCCUACACGAUCACAGGAACUAUUAUAUCAAGAGCAGAGGUACACUUACAUGUGCAGAUGGUUUAACAUGCUAAUGCACAGAAACUACAAGGUUUGAGUGUACGAAAGACAUUGCAUUUUGCAAGAAUUAGCCAUUUCGGCUAAAAAUGUUUGUUACAAUGAUUCUCUUACUUCUUAAUUUAUAUCUUUUGUAUUGUCGAUUACUAGAUCAGUUACACGAUAAAUAUGAGAAACUUGAAAACUAGCCUAACUUGCAUAAGAUAAACUUACCGAGAGACCGUA